AUGAAUAUUUAUACGGAUAUGUGCUCAAAAAAAAGAAAAAUAAAUGAUAAAUCACACUGUUCCAAAGAGAUAUCCAAGCCAACUUACUACAAUCAUGACUACCUCUAUAAAAUUAACAAAAAAUCAGAUUUCCUCAAAAAAUCAAAGAAUACCAUAUGUUUUGCCACACAAGUUCCACCCGAGAUAUUUGCCACCAUAUGCGAAUAUCUCGAUCCGCCAGAACUCUUUGCACUCGCCUCGACGUGUAGAAAAUUUCAUGAUUAUUUAUGCUCAGAGGAAUCGGGCGUCACCCAACAAAUAUGGAAAGCUUCUCGGAUGCUGUAUUUACCAUCGUUGACGGAUCCCCCGUGGGAAGGAAUGGAUCAACGACGAUACACAGCGCUGUUGAUUUUGCAACGUACUUGCCAAAUUUGUGGUAAAACUCAGGAUGAAAAACCGGUCCCUUUGUAUUGGGAAUUUCAUCUCAGAUGUUGCGAUUCCUGUUUUAGUAAAAAUACUGCAAGUCAUCUGCAAUUAAUGAGAGACAAAGUGCCUCGCGAGAUUUUAGCGACCACUCCAUACAUAUUAGUCACAUCAAGCACUCCAUGCAUGGUAAAAGUGCGUAACUCAACAAAGAUCCAUGUGUUGAAAAGAUUGCACGUCUACUGGCGUCCACAUAUUACAGAAGCACAGAAUAAAUGGGAAGCAAUGAAACCGGAAGAUCAAGAAGGAUGGUUAGACAAACAACCCAGACUAUCCUCUAAGAUGGAAGCUUAUAAGCGACGAAAAACCGCAUACGCUCAAGAAAUCUUAAAAAAAGCUGAGGAGACACGACGAACUCGGCUUGCUUAUGCUUUGGAGGCUUUAAAAAAUGAAGUGUAUCUUGACGGAACUCCAAAAUUUUAUGCGCCCAUGUUCGAUUAUUGCUCAACUCGUGAACAGCCACUACAAUUUUUUAUCUUCACGGAUAAUGAUUGGGUUAGGUGGCGUAAUCGUAUGGAAGCUGAAUAUCGAAAAAUGAUGGAAAUUGCAGAUUCAUUCAACCCAAUAAUGUGCAAUCCCACAUAA